AUGCAAAUACGACUCACGCACAUCGGUCUCAUCGUCACACUCGCCACCCUUGUGUACUACACAGAUGCACAGGCGCUGAACGACCCAAUCACACAAUAUAUUGAAGGCCGUCUGGGAAAUAGGAGGAUAUUCUGGUGUCCUAGUGGUUAUGGAUAUUUGGCAUACUGUCCACAGCCGACCGACUGGGACAAUUAUAAUUGGUGCUGUACCUGGCCGUAUAUGGGCUCAUGGAAGCCGUCAUGUUGUCCAUUUGCUAUUCCAACCGGAGCAGUCGUGGCUAUCAUAAUAGCUGCAAUAGUUUUAUUGGCAGGUAAGGGAAAUUUUAAGUCGAUGUGUAUUGGCUCUUCACUACGCUUUUUCAAAUUCUAUUCACACAAAGGGUUAUGGCGAUUGUACUGUUACUAA